AUGACGGAUACGAAUGAGGAUGAUGCGACACAACAAGAACAACUGAAAACUAUGAUCUCGGAAGAGAUUGGAAGGGCAAUGCAAGCAAGUAUUCCUCAUUUAGCCCAAGAAGUAGAAAGUCAUGUGCUGGAAGUGGUAGAAACAAUGAUGGCGAGUAAGAUGGACGAGUUGAAGGGAAUGACUGGUGAAAUGCAAGGAAAGAAAGGAACUCGCAAAUGCACGUACAAAGAAUUUAUGGCGUGCAACCCAUUACCAUUCAAAGGAGAAAUCGAUCCUAUAGCAUGUCAAAGGUGGAUUGCAAGUACUGAAGCGGUGUUCAUAAGGAGUCAUUGUGAAAAGGAGGAUCAAGUGAUGUUUGCCACCGGUUUGCUACAACUUCGAGCUAAAGACUGGUGGGAUGUUUAUAGUAAAGAGAUUGGGGAAGAAAAAGUUCAAGUUUUGACAUGGCAAGAGUUCAAGGAACCUUUUCUAAAAUACCACUGUCCGCAAUCUGCCAUUGACAAGAUCCAAGAGGAUUUCUUACAUCUCCGUCAGAAAGAUGAAACCAUCGAUGAAAUCACCAAUAUUUUUCUUGACAAGCUGAAAUUCUGUAAAGAUAUAGCAGGAACGGAAAGAAUGAAGAUAAACCGUUAUUAUGGUAUGUUGAAGGCUGAAUAUCGGGAGUUCAUAAUUCCCGCUAAAUGUGAAACUUUGAAUGAGCUCAUUGACUUGGCCCGAGAUAGGGAGAUUGAAUUAAGAAGACAGGCAGAAAGAGGCGAAAAGAGAGUGUCUGAGAAUGUUUCCAGCUCGAACCCGUCAAAGAAACCAAAAUUUCAAGAUCAAAGCAAGAAGGAUAAGGCGAAGGGUAGUAUUCCAAAAUGCAAAACGUGCGGAAAGUUACACACGGGGGAGUGUUUGAAAGGGAAGAAGGGCUGUUACAAUUGUGGUCAAGAGGGACAUCCAUACUAUAGGUGUCCUAAUCCUUCCAGAACGUGCUACAACUAUUUCCAACCGGGUCAUAUUAAGGCAGAGUGUCCCAAGCUUCAACAGAAAACUGAUAAGGAAGUAAGAAAGGAGGAAGCCCCAAGAGCUAAGGGGAGGAUGUUUCAGAUCACGACUGAAGAAGCAAAGGACCUCCCGAUGUUGUAUCAGGUAUAUUCUCAUUGA